GUACUUACUAUGGUGACCGGGAAGCGGUCGUAUUAAGCGUGGGCGAGCGUGGGGUACGAAAUUCGGCAUUAUUUGAUAGAGGUCUUGAAUGGCAAAGCGUCAGCGAAGCACCAAAGAAUCAGAUUUUCUGGAAUAAUUAAUCUAGGAAAUAAGUGAUGAGGAGGCUGGGGCGAAGGUGCGGGCGGGCGGUUAGCACUGCUUCCCUCCCACCCACGCCGUAUGGUGGUGUCGGUACUGCACUUCGCAGCACUCGGGGGUAGUGGCACUUGGGCCUGCCUUGAAGAAGACGGCCAAGAACGUUCGUUGCCGCCCUGUCGCAGAAGAAGAAGCCGAAGAAGAUACUUCUUGGAUACGCCCCUCUGGAAACUCCUUACUAGGCACAGGGCUGUGAUACGUUUUUUCUUUUUUCUUUAACUAAAUGGUGCUGUGGAGUGUGAAGGCCGUUGAGAUGAAGGUAGAGUUGAAGGUGAUGUGACUGAUAUGAAUGAGGACACAAAAUUCGAUAUGAAUUACAUGAAACCUCUGGUGAAAUAGUGAUCCCAAACAUUUGGCAUUUUUAGAACUUUGGAGCAAAAGAUGAACACGUUUCGAAGCAGUGGAAAAUGAAGUGAAAACAAAAUAUAUUGGUUUGGGUCAUAAAAAAUCUGAUUUAUUAGCCAAAGUGUGAUAGUAAACAAUCACUGACGAAGUCUAAUUGCGUGGCUUUUAACAAAACAAACUUUAAUUACAACUUACCUUAUAAGAAAAAAAAUUUUUUUUUUUUAAGCGAGCUUAUUUAUCAGCGACUACUGUGUAAGAAUACCCGUUAGACAAAUCGGCUUCCCAGAAAAAAUGACGCAAAACGAGAGCACUUUCAGAAGUUCCUGAGCGCCUGCUCAGAGCGGGCAGAUCUAGUUCACAAACUGGCACGUGCGACAGGAUCAUCCAGUUCACGUGCUCCGCGCCAAGUCCUAGGAGGAGGAGGAGGAGGAGUAGGGCUCGACCUCCGCCUUGUAGCACGCUGGCUGAAGAAUAAAGACUUCUGGGUGAAUUCUGUGUGCAUUUACAUAAACAAUCGAUAAGGAUAUUGUUUUUUCAUCCGCGGUAAGAAAGCCCUUUUCAUGUCUGUGGCUCACUGGUGAUUUCAACGCAGAUGAAGUAGUAAGCAUGUGCCAAAGCGCUCUCUUCUUUUUCCAAAUCUCGUCGGAAGCCCGCUGAGGGCUAAGUGAUAUGCUGGCCUCUGUACAAACCACCUCUUCCUGUGCCUCGUCUUCUUUGGCAACAGCACAAUCCUUCACUAUCGCCACGAUGAAUCAACUAUGCAAGGUGUGUGGGGAGCCAGCAGCAGGCUUCCAUUUCGGAGCCUUCACCUGCGAGGGAUGCAAGUCAUUCUUCGGACGGACGUAUAACAAUUUGUCUCAGGUGCACGAGUGCAAGAACGGGGGACAAUGUGUCAUCAACAAGCAGAAUAGGACUUCGUGCAAAGCCUGCAGGCUACGCAAGUGCUUAAUGGUGGGCAUGUCCAAAACAGGGUCGAGGUACGGCAGACGGUCAAACUGGUUCAAGAUUCACUGCCUGCUGCAGGAGCAGGCCAACUACAACGGCGUGCCCCAAAACAUCAGGACGCCCAUCACGCCCACUCUGCAAGACGGCUCUCUCCCAUUUGUCUCCGCUCAUCUGCGAGACACCAUAGGGCGUGAUGGACCCAUCAGGGCGCCUCCGCCGCUGCCCCCUCCGCCGCCGGAGCUUCACUCUCAGGAUAUCCAGACUUCGCUCUCGGGACUCUCUUCCACUUCACAGAUUAACGCUCAGGUUGAGAGGAGAAUUCAGGAGGAGUCUUUGAAAGCACUUACAAGGAGCCUCAGGCAUCAAGCCACAAGCCAAGAUUUAGAAACAUUACAAGUCCUAGAAGUGAUAAGAAGGUCACAGAACCUCGAAAACUUGAGGGCACCAGACUUUGAUGCCCUAAGAAGAUCUGUUGAUUUAGAUCCAAUUCGCAGGAGUCACGAAUUCGAAGCCAUUGACAGCCUCCGACAAAUUGCCCCUGAAUUUCAUGCCCGGCUGGGACCCCUGGCGGUCCAAGAGUGGGAAAGGAGACUGCGGGAGGCUUCCAGGCAUAUGGAAACCGAUGCCAAACUGGAAAGGAAAGAACACCUAUCGCUGGAAUUAAAGAAUGACCAUCGUCCCCAGGAGUGCAAGCCUGAUUCAGCUAGUGGGGCUAAGGGCGUCGUCGACAGCUGCGACCAUGAGGUUGUCUCGACGGUCAAGGAGGAGCCAAUUAAAAUCGAAUACGAACACACAAAAGUGCCCAUGUCAAUCAGCGAAGAUACCGAAAAGGCGAGACGCAGCUCGCCGCCCAAAUUCCAUGACAAAAAAUCCACUGGUGUCCUGAUGUCGGAAGAGGAGAGACUGUCGUUCUUGAAAGCUGUCAAUAACCAAAGUAAUUCCGUCUACACCCAGGACCACGCCCCCGUCAGUUCCCCGGCAAGAAUGCCGCCAAACGCCGACCUCAUCUAUAGCUCUCUCAACAACAACAUCUUCCCGUUCCCUCCUUAUCCCCCUUUGUGGCCUUCAAUGCUGCACUUCCCUCCCUUCGCUAAAUUCUACCCUUCCCCUGCCGCUACCCUGCAACAAACGAACAUCGACAUUUUCAAAAAAUCGAUUUUCAAUCCAACGGAACCCACAGGCUCAAGGGCCUCGCACAGGAUGACAAAGGACGACGCCGUCAAUAAGAAACGCUUCCUAGACGCCGUGCUGCAAGUUCAGCGUCAGAGCCUGAGCCCACAAGGACCCUCCUCCACAGGACGGACGCCUCAACCACACCACAGCGCCUCUCCCUCAGCGUCUCCUUCAGUCACCCCUACCACUACACAAGCGACCCUCCACGACCAACCUAUGGACCUCACCGUCAGGAGGAAAAGGAAGAUGGACAAGAGCGAGAUCAUUUACAACCCGGGAGAAGAUCUGAGCGUGGAGGAACAAAUCGAGAGCGAGGAUGACAGAGAGGAGAAGUGGGUAAAGAGAGAGGAGGUCGCAGAGGAAGAGGAAGACGAGGCAAUUGAUGAGGUCUUGGACGUCCCCGAGGAGGAUGAGGACGAGGAAAUGCCCAAGAAUGACGAACUGACAGAACCUGAAAGCGAGGUCAACUCAGAGGUGCCUCUCAAACUCAUUAAACUGGACUCUCCCGGUGAAACUCUAGUUGCUUAGAGGAUUGAGAGACUUAAAAAAGUUCUAGUUUGAGAGAUAAAUAGAGAGAGACAGAGACACAGAGAGAGAAAUAAUGAAACCGUUAUGGACACCAUACAUAUCAUUUUGAUAAAUGUGUAAACGUUUGUGUAGAAAACUCACUUUACAAAGGUGAUAAUGAUACUUCGAAACUUCCGAACUCACCCUUCGAAAAGAAGGCUGAAGAUUCAAGUUCCGUGACACAGACAAAGGUUUUAUUGUUAUUUAUGGUUUAAUGAAAUGGACCAGAUAGUGGGUAUAUGGGUAUCUGACUUGUGAAAUAAAAGAAUAAAAAAAGAAGAAAAAAUCCAAGUGCUUAUCAAAACGUAGAAUUUUAUAGUGUGAUCAAGCGGCUCUAAGUCAUACAAGUGCCAUACCGAACAUUAAACAAAGGGAAUAAUACCGAUAAUAAUAAUAAUAAGAAUAAUAAUCAUAGAAGAUAUAGUGUUUUUAUUUAUAAUGACUCUACCACUUUGCUACUCUUCGUAAUACAAUAGAGUUUAGUUUAUGGAUUUCUAUGUAUUUUGUACGUAUAUCACGCUACCUUGGAGCAACUCACAACACUUCGGUCUUCCAUUGUUGGUUUAACACAAGACACGAGGAUAUUUAUAUAAUGUAUAAACAAGAUGCCAUGACAGUCUCACUACUAGGGCGAUGAUGAUUCCUUCGACUUUGAAGCCAAUUAGUGUCAUAACUCAGAGAUGAACGUGUAAUAGAAAUGUGCGUACUUGUCUAAAGCGUACAACUAA